AUGGGUCAUCUUAGUACGAGUUCUCAAUAUAAAAAGACGAAUGAGACAAUAUUUCUAAAUUGGAUCUACAACGAAAACAUCGUCUAUCUUCCCAGUCCAUCUGAACCAGCAUCACAGCAUAGCAAUUAUGAACCACAAUUCGAACACUUUACCAAUUCUCAACGUCAAGAUAGUUUUGAAACAUUAAAACGAUGUCUCAUUGAAACCGGAUUUACAGGUCGAGUACAAAAACAUUCAUCUUUGACUACACUUACUGAACAUGGUCGACGCAAUGUUCAAACUCAAACCUUGAAAAUUUUACAACAUACAUUGAAAAUUCUUCUUGAAGAUGAUGCUGAAGAAAUAUGGAACAAUAUUAUAGACAAUUAUCAAUCGAACUCAUAUACAAAUCAAAAGUAA